AGAAUAUUUUGCAGAUAAACAAUGGAAACAUGCUCUAAUGUUAUUCGAAGACCUUGGCCUUAAUAGGCUAAUUUACAGCAAGCUCCAACUCCCAACUGCAUCUGUUAGUCUUCACAAUGGGAGCAACAUAAUCUACAAGGGGAGUUUUAUUAAGCAACUCAACCAUGGCCAUGGCAAGAAAAAGUUCAACUUCUACCAGUCGACAUUUGAUCUUAUGCAGCAAUGUGCCAAACAAUCAAGGCUGUCUCAAUCAAGUUUUCAAUACAGUUUGAUCACAAAUGGCACUGUUGACAGUUAUCUGCUGCCAUAUUGCAGAUUUAUUUCCAUUUCUGAGAAUGAUGGAAAAUAUACAUUUAGAGUGUUUCAUCAGCAUGUUGAACUGAGUGACAUUCUACACAGUGAUUCUGAAACAUUCAAUUAUAUUUUUCAUCAAGCUAAAGCAGAUUUCUAUCGCUUUCUGAAAUAUUGCGUUAACAUUGAAAACAGAAUUACUUGGGUGUAUUCAACAUAUGGCUUAUUGUUUGCAGGCUUGCUAAAGCGCCUGAAUUUGUCAUGCAAUGUGCUCAAUUUUGAGAAGUUGUUGCGACUUUUAGAUGUUCCAAACAGUCCUUUUGUGAGAGCCAACAGUGUGCCUAUUAUUGAAAAUGCCAAUUACUUUGCUCAAAAAUUUUCCACAGCUGAUGAAAUUCAUUAUACCUUCGUGAAAACUAUUGAUGACCAAACAUUCUGCAGACCACUACAUACUUUCCAAGUCUCAGUUUCAGUUAAUAACAAAAAACUUUCUGUUGAAGUAUGUCAUCAAGCAAUACUCUCGAUUUCAGAGCAUGAAAUAUGUAUCACAUCCUCAGAGAAAGGACAAGUUGUUGUAGCAGCUGAUUAUGACCAAAUGACAAGACUCAAACUAUGCAAAUCUAAACAAAAGUGGUUUCAGCUACAUUUGGCAGACUCAUCUGUUAUAGACAUAACCAUAUUGUCCGACAGCAGCAAAGAUCUUGAAUCAUGUAUAGCUUUAAUUGACAUGUAUUUCAGAGGAAAAGUCAAAUCCAUAAUGCUAAUUGAGCCAGUAUCAAACAACCAUUUUGAUUCAUAUGCUAUGACAUAUAAUGAACUGAACCAGUCCCAAACAUCCACAAAUAUCUAUAAUGUUAUCGAAAAAAGUGGGCUUCCCUUGAAGUUUGUUAGUGUCAAACAGUCUCGUCAGAUUCUGAGAGAUCUUGGGUUCCAAGUUGGUUGGUAUGUUCUCUUUAAGCCCCCAUAUCUACCCCAUAUCUACCUACUUUGCAUCGUUUUGAACUCUGAGACUAACGGGGACAAGAAGACUCAUCCUAUUAAAGUAGUUAACAAGGAUGGUUAUUUCAUGGUUGAUGAAACUUCUAAGAAAAAGAAAAGCACCCUUGGUCCAACAGAGCUGCCUUGCAAAUAUCGUUCCCUUGAAGCACUCUUAAACAGCAUCAAAAUCCGUGUCCGCAACAAGGACCUUGUCAUUCGCCCAACUCAGAUAGUCACUGAAGAAAUGAUCACAGACAUACGCAAAACCAAAAUGUUCUUCUCAGAUGCAGACCAUGAUUUUCAUAAACAAUCAAACAUCUUAUCAUUAUUUUGCCUCAAUUUAAUUCCUAAUUCAUCUUGUACUAAAUCUCUCUGCACAUCAUUUACUGGUCAUUGGGUCAGUCCACAAGGACAGAAGAAAGCCAUUCGAGCUUUUCUGUACAACAAGAAGUAUAUGGAGAAGGAUUCGUUGACCAUUGUUGCAAGAAUUGCUGAAAUAUCCCGACCGGAAUUUGUCCAUGAAAAUAUCUUGAAGUGUUUUGGAUAUGCUGAUGACGGAUUAAACACCAUAUACUAUGUUCAUGAACAAUUUGGACUUGAAUUCUCCGACACAUUUGUUCAAGAUUACACUGUUGAUCAGCUGUAUGAUUUUGGGAGACAGAUUAAGAACGGUUUGCAGUUUCUUCACGAUCGGGAUAUAGUCCACGGCUUUCCUGCUCUUCAAAACGUCUACAUCAACGAGUCUCGGAAGCAAGUUAAACUGGGAAAGAUAGGAAUCCUAUCAGCCAUAAUGCAUGCUUCAGAAACCCACAGAUCUGACGAGGGUUCCUCAAGUCACGGGAGUUCAUUCUUAAAAGCGGCCAAGUGUCCGGAAGUGAACGAGUUGUUAAGUAGCUGGUUCUCACAGAAAAGGGUCAGGAUGCUACACGAGUAUCCCGAGGAGAAACUCCAGGAAACAUGGGACAGGUACGUGUUUGGGUGUACUCUGUGGCAGCUGUACAACAAGGGAGCUGUACCUCUCCCCGACAAAUCAGAUCAGGAUAUCCUCGAGAAACUUGAGGGCAAGGAUUUCUCUUGGUUUACAGGUGGGGGCUACUUCAGACUGCCCAACACAGACACAGAGUUCCUCAAUAAACUACAGAAGAUUAUUUGUGUCUGUGUUACGUGGGGCAACAAGGAUAACUUGGAGAAGUACGAGUUCAGGAAGAUAGCGGCAGCUUACGAAGAGUUGGCAGACGUUGUCAACAUUGAGGAACCGACCUCCUCAGAUUUCAUACUCAAGGCUGGCAAUGGAAAGCUUGAUUUCGAUGUAAACGUGACAGAACCGUCCAACUGUAAAUACACCCUAGUUGAGGAGGACGACAACAAGAGGGUAGUGUUAUUAAGCAGUAAGAAGAGUAACCUACCCCGCAUUCCCUCUAACAUGGGGGGCCAGCUUAACCAAGUUAAAGACAUGCUCCUAGAGAAGGACAAACUGCUCCAACUCUCUGAUCUCCAGCGACCGGACGAAGGGAACUUCAUGGUACCACCUCCAGGUACUCCUAAAAUAGAAGCUCUGUGCUCCAGAUUCUCUCUCAACAAGAACGUGUGGGUCAAAUCUUACUCCAAAUGUAAAGACGUUCCUGAACAGGAUUUUAUAGAGGAGGUGAAACAUCUGCUGAAGUUCGAACACCCGAACAUAGUACCUCUGAAGGGAUGUGUGUUACUUGAGGAUAUUCUACUGUUGAUAACUCCUUGCUACAGAUACAAAUCUCUCAGUAACUUCUUGGAUAACAACAGUCACAAUAUCACGGAGAAACAACGUGAGAGUUACGCGGUACAGAUCUGUGCGGGAAUGAAGUACCUGUCACUGAACAAGUGUGUGCAUAGGAACCUACGACUGGAGCACGUGUACAUGACCAACUAUAACGACGUGGUGAUCACUAACUUUGGGCUGGCACGUGUCACUGAAGCGCUGUAUUACCAGCAGAGGAGGAUCAUGGCUAGUGAUACCUUUGUUAUCUACCCUCCUGAGGUAAUUGCUGUAUUGAGUGGGGGAGGCAAAGUAAAGUUCAACUCAGCGUGUGACGUGUGGAGUUACGGUGUGUUACUCUGGGAACUGUACAGCGGUAACAUCGCCUACCACAAUGUAGUGUCUGAUCUCCAUGGCAACUCAGACAUCAACCUACUCGACCAGUACUUCAGGGAAGGGAACUGUCUUGAGCCGGAUCCCUCAUGGCCUGCCAACAUACUGGCUGUUAUUGAGAAAUGCCUCACCGAUGAACAAAGACGAAUCAAUUUCUUCGGAAUAGAGGACGUUCUUACAGGAUCAUGAACUUAAUAACUGCAAUUCAGUUACCAAUUUGAGUGUGGCAAUUUUGACUUAAAAAUAUUUGUGUGUUGCAAUUGACGAAUAAUCAGGAUGAUGAUCAGUAGAUUAUUACAUGUCCCACCUCGGUAACCGUCAUCUUGACAAAGAUUAAAUACCUCUCCGCUCUGGUAAAUGACUCCGGUAAAUGAGUCUGCACUUGUGUGGUUAUCAGUCUGGCACUGCACUGAGUUGUUUUGUAGCUAUCUCGCUCUGGGCAAGUUCUCUGGAAUUAGAAAUAAUGAUUGCGAAAUGUUAAAGGACAGAACUGUGUUCUCAGCUGUAUAAAUGACCAUGUUGCUGUUUCACUGUUUGGGAGAGCUGUAGUUAUUCUGUGGAACACUGCCAGGUAAUGGUUACAUAAUGUUUAGAUUGUAGAAUGUGGAGAGUGAGAUCUUGAUGAAUUUUACCUUUUAUUUUCUAUAUAAAGCAGUGCUCUUUAUAAUUUUAAUGCAUUUUUAAAAUCUUUUUUACUAGCCAUUUGAAAACGUUUGAAAUUCAGAAGGAAGGAGCCUUAUAUUGUGAUGGAGUGUUUAUAGUCUCACUCUAAGGUGUGUUUAAUAACACCAAUAGUUCAGUAGGUAAAGUGAGAUGUUAUAUAACAGGUCCUGCUCCAUUUCAAUGUUUCCGAGAAACCUGAACCAAUUACGACGAAUCUGCAGAGUGUGACUUAUUCUCAUGUGUGCUGUUAUCGACGUUUUAAUUUCUUAAUAUAAUCUGAAA